CAUCUUGUGUGUGUCGAUAAUACGGCGACGUUGUUAUUUUGCGGAGAAAUUCAGAGUGAACGGACAGAGAUUUUCAACAAAAAUAUUUAAUAAUAAUAGUAUAUUUAAUAAUAAUAAUAAUAAUAUUUAAUAGUAUAUUGCUGUAGCAUAUUAAAAUGGAAUCUAGUAAAUCGGAGUCUACACCGAAAGCCAUGGUAUACAUAUGUGGAGAAUGCCAUAAUGAUAAUGAAAUUCGCCAAAAGGAUCCAAUUCGAUGCAGGGAAUGCGGAUAUAGGAUUAUGUACAAAAAGCGUACCAAGAGAUUGGUUGUGUUUGAUGCCCGAUAAGUAUGUAGCUGAAAAUCAUGUAUAUAACUCAAACAGAAAUAUAAUGGAUCGUUAAUAUUA